UCUCUCUUAGGCUCAGGUUCUUGGAAAUAUUCUUGUCCUCGAAAUUUCGAAGUUGAUGAAACUGAAAGAGAUAAGCUACUAGAACUCUCUUUCUCGCUCCACAGCACACGCUUAUCUCUGCUACAGAACUCAGCCCUUGCCAUUUCCCUGUCUUUUCCCACCCCAACUAGACAUGUGUUCUCAACCUCGCACGAGUAUCAGGAAUUCGACACGUUGUAACAAUACCCCACUUUGCUUUGCUUUUAGUUUAAGCACAAACCACAGUAGAGCCUCGCCAAGGAAGCAAGGAUUCUUCUUCUUCUAAUGUCAGUCUUUUGUUUUUAACUGAUUUUUCAGUGCAUUAUCUCAUUUUGAGGCCUUUUAAGGACGGCUAUUCAGCACUCAACCGCUUGCCGUUUAAUCAAUAAUUCCCUUGUGUUACGCUUUUCAAAACUUCUUCCUUAUUCAAAUUCCAACGUCUAAAAAGAAUGUGAAAGUGCAGUUUCUCUGCGAGACUAUGGUCAUUUCGUGCAGGAACUUGAGCAAAUUCUAGCCUUUGGGUAUCUUCGAGAAGGAGCAGUUGGGGCAGUGUUUGAGAUGGGUUUGUGGUAAAUUUGUGGAGAUCUGGUUGGCUUUGGAGUCUACAGAGGGGAUAUGGAGCCUCCAAAAGGGUUUUCUGCUACUCUGUGGAAUCUUAUUCGCUUUCUCCCUUUCUUCAUUGGCCUUCUGCUUCUGGGUACUAUUAAAGGUAUCAUUUUCUGCCCAUUGGCAUGCCUUAUCAUGGCAGUUGGAAACUCUACUAUUGUAUUAGGUCUUUGGCCAUUCCAUACUUUUUGGACAUAUUAUUCAAUUAUAAGAGCUAAACAAUUAGGGCCACUUCUGAAGAUUGUUCUCUGCCUAUUCCUACCAGUUCCCUUGAUUUUGUGGCUGGUGUUCAGCAUUGUUGGAAGUAUUGCAGCUGGAGCACUGUAUGGCUUUCUUUCACCAGUAUUUGCCACUUUUGAUGCAGUUGGAGAAGGGAAGACUAAGGAGCUUUACCACUGUUUUGUUGAUGGAACUUGGGACACUGUUAAAAAGAGUUGCACUAUCGUCCGUGACUUUGGAGAUGUUUGUUAUCAUUCUUAUUUAUCAUAUAUGGAUGACCUGCAACAACAACAACCUCCCGAUAGGAAAUAUUAUGAGAUCAGAUUGCUUUAUCUUCCUGGUGCUAUUAUUGCUGGUUUACUUGGUUUCAUGCUCGACUUUCCGCUUAUUUCACUUAUUGCCCUCUGCAAAAGUCCGUACAUGCUCUUUAAGGGAUGGCAUCGUCUGUUUCAUGAUCUUAUAGGAAGGGAAGGCCCUUUCUUGGAGACAAUAUGUGUGCCAUUUGCAGGUCUUGCUAUUCUUCUUUGGCCAUUGGCUGUUGUUGGGGCAGUUUUGGGCUCCAUGUUAUCCAGUAUCUUCAUUGGUGCUUAUGCAGGAGUGGUAGUUUAUCAGGAAUCCUCAUUUUGGUUUGGGCUUUGCUAUAUUGUUGCAUCCUGGGCUAUUUAUGAUGAAUACAGCAAUGACAUUUUGGACAUGCAAGAAGGAUCUUGCUUUCCGAGGCCAAGGUACCAAAAAGCUGAACUGACAAAGAGUGCAUCUCGUGCAUCCUCUUUUUCAAAGCGUAAUUCUUUUCGAAAUCGUCUCAACCGUGCAGAUUCACUAACACCUAUGCUCGAUCUGAAACCAUUUGCGCUGCUUGAUGGCUUAUUUAAGGAGUGUAAACACCAUGGGGAGAAUUUUCUUUCUGAAGGAUUAAUAACACCAAAAGACCUUGAAGAUGCCAUGCUUAAAAAGAGUGCCACAGUGGUUAGCAUUGGCUUACCGGCUUAUUGCCUUCUUCAGGCACUACUGCGCUCUGUGAAAGCCAAUUCUGAGGGUAUUUUGUUGGGCGACAAUACAACUGAGUUGACAAUCUCAAACAGACCAAAAGAUGCCUUCUUUGAGUGGUUUGUUAACCCCUUCAUAAUAAUGAAAGAUCAGAUUAAAGCACUAAACCUCUCUGAGGCAGAAGAGGAUUAUCUCUGCAAACUAGUAUUGUUGAAUGGUGACACUACGAAGUUGAAAAGUGCAAAUAUUGGUCCAGCUCCAGAGUCUGAACGCAGACGAGCUGAACUUGAUGCACUAGCUAGAAGGCUUCAAGGAAUUACUAAAUCUAUCUCAAGGUAUCCAACAUCCAGACGCCAUUUCCAAAAUUUUGUGAAGAGACUGUUAGAAGAUCUGGUGAAGAAGAAUGUUGACAGCAAAUCAAGCAAUGGAACUCCAGCAUUUUCAAGAUCAAAAAGUGCCCUUGCUAUCUUCCAGAAAUCUUUUAAAAAUAGAUCAAGCUCCAAUGACUCUGAUCAAACGCCACAACCAAUUGAAAGAGACGUAGAAAUUGUAUAACAAUGUGUUAGUAGCGGAACAGAAACCAUCUCAUUUUCAAUUUUGUUUUGGCUAAGUGUAAUUAUUAUUUUAAUCAUCUUGGCUCAGGGAGCUACAUUUUGUUUUCA